GUAUUAAUAUUGUGUACAUCACUUUUUAUAGAAAACAAACCAAUAUUGUUACGAACGUACAUUAAGUUCUCGUAUAUGUAUUGAGAAGCAACAGUCAUUAUGCCUAUUUCCUUAAAUUUCUCCCUCAAAGAGUUCCUAAUCCUAAGAUUAUAAAUUGAUCUAAUUGCUCUUUUCUGAAGUACAAAAAUCGUUUGUAUAUCGGCAGAAUUUCCCCACAACAGGAUUCCGUACGACAUCACACUAUGAAAGUAACUGAAGUAUACUAAUCUGGCAGUGUCUAUGUCAGUUAACCUACGUAUCUUCAUUACGGCAUAUGCUGCAGAGCUAAGUCUACUCGACAAUUUAUCAAUAUGUGGGCCCCACUGUAGUUAAGAAUCUAAUAUUAUUCCCAAAAAUACUGUGGUAUCCACAAGGCCCAUGUUCUUAUCUUUUAUAUUAACAUUUAAAUCUACUUUUUUAACAUUAGGUAAUACAAAUUUUAGACAUUUUGUUUUUCCUUCAUUAAGGAGAAGAUUAUUUACAUUAAACCAAUGUACUACUUUAGCGAUAGAAUUGUUCACAUCGCCAUUUAGAGGUAACCCUCUUUUAAUUUUAAACAAAAGUGAAGUGUCAUCCGCAAAUAAAACUAUUUCGUGAUCAUCCCUUAUGAAAUAAGGCAAGUCAUUUAUGUAAAUUAAAAACAAGAAAGGACCAAGUAUUGAGCCCUGCGGAACACCCAUCUUAACUUUCGAUCCAGGGGAUCUUUUGCCAUUGAUGUCAACCCUCUGUACUCUGUCAGUUAAGUAUGAGGCAAUAAAAUCCAAUGAGUUAUCUCUAAAUCCAUAAUAAUGAAGCUUCCUAAUCAAUGUUUCAUGAAAAACACAAUCAAAUGCCUUGGAUAGGUCGCAGAAAACACCUAACGCAUUCUAAGUUAUUCUUGUAAAAGUAUGUUUGUAUUUGAUCCAGCAUGAUUUUUUUCAAAAAUCUUACUAUGCUUCUGAAUGUCAGUUUGCAUUUAUGUUAAGUAAAGAAAAAUUAAUUAGUAGUGAAGUAUUAGUCCAUUAUGAUCCAAGUUUGCCCUUAGUAGUAUAUUCUGAUGCAAGUCCAGUAGGGCUAGGUGCAGUUCUGUGAGUCUCGCGAGUGUGGGUUCCGGGCCGGCGCCCCGACGGUAAGUCGGGAAGCGGCGGCGCGGUUCGGGCUGGGCGGGCGUCCCGAGAGUAUCUCGGGUAGCGGUCGCGCCAGUGAGGGCGGUGGGUCCGUCGUCUCAGGGUGGGCGUGAGCGAUGGGUGUUGACUUCAGCAACUACCGACCGACCCGUAACCUCACGCGGAGUGGGGCCGGGGGGGCUGCCCUUUAUUGGGUGUCCCUGCGAGGAGAUAACCUCUGUAAAAAAUUCCUAAAGUCUCGACAUUGGGACACGUGACGUCGGGGCGCCUUCGGGUGGCUGACAGGUUAAGUCAGCCCACUAGCGCCAAACCCUGGAUACCUCCCGACCUCCAGGGUCACAUAGGGUUACCCGGGUAUUGCAGGAUCUCUGCCCGGGUGGACUGUUUAGAUCUCCCGCACUCGUGGGAUAAGGAUGAAGAAUGCUAAUUAUAAAACUCUAAAAACUCGACGUGUGUCCGAAAAGGACGGAGCAAGAAACACUAGGUCUGCUGCAAAACAGACCAAGGCGACCAAAACACCUGUCGCUGGAACUACUCAAGAGGCUUCUACCUCGAAUGAGCUAGAUAAGUUGGAGAAAGUACCGGUCGUUCGACUGACGCGCGCAACAAUCUCAACUGCAGCGUCCAGUGAGACCCAAGAACCGGAGCGAAAUAGGAGCCCAUCAUGGUCAUCCAUGGUGACAUGCAUAUCUGGGGAGUCUGAAUGUCUCGACGGAGGACUGACUCCGAUUAUCGGAGAAGAUCAAUUUGAACUUGACAACGAGACUGGCAUAACAUACACAGGAAGCCCGGAAAGGCGACCUGAUACAAAUACUGAAUAAAGGUCGCGGACGACCCACAACAUCUGGGUUUCUCACAAGUUCGGAAAUCAUGAAAUUGAUUUUGACGAUAUACAAGAUUAUCGAAUUGAAACCUUGCAAAAAAAAUUAUUGAAUAUAUUUGGUGACCGUAUUACGAUUGAAGCGUCGAGUGGAUUACGUAACAAAAAAAUUGUAUACAAAACAGACAUCGAAAUUUCUGUUAUGGCAAAUAGUGUAAAGUUUUUGGAGGCAAAAAAUUAUUGCAAAUUUGAAGAUGUUGCAUAUUAUUUGAGAAGCUGCAUUAAAAAUAUGGAUGUUCGUCGGCUUCCUCGCAACGUAACUGUUGAUGACAUCAUUCGAGGAGAAUGUGAUAUUCCUGAACAAUUAAUUGAUUUUAUGCAAAAUCUUAUCCAAGGGCCUAAUGUUUCUGAUGACAAUUCGGAAAAACUGAAAGUUAAAAUUACAUCAAUAUGUAGUGAUAUUAUUUAUACUGUCACUAGGGGUACAUGUAAGCCAGCGAAAAGUUUAACCCUUGGAUUGGCAGUAAAGUCUUUAACCAACUCUCGGCAAGUAAUCACGAUACUCAAUAGGUACGGCCAUACGAUUGGAUAUAAUUUGGCUGAAGAACUGGAAACCGAAAUGACUUAUACGUCGAUCCAUGAUAACAAAAUUAUACCAAAAGGCAUCACUGCAGCAAAUGGACAUAGCACUCACGUAGCAUGCGACAAUUUUGACCGCUUCGUAGACAUAACUUCUGGAAAGGAGACAAUGCAUGACACAGUUGGAAUUAUUUAUCAAUUCCCUAGUGAUGAAACUGAUAAUUUAGAUGAUGGUGAAGCUACAACUUCAUCAGCGCCAACGGUAAAUGACAACGAAAAUGGAGAAGGGCCUUCCCGUAAGAGAAGGCGUUUCAAUGAAAUAUCACGGGAAAUUCGACCAUAUUAUUCUAAACCGAAGACAAGUAUGCAGCUGAUUACAGCAGAUUUGUUUACCAAUACAGUGGACUUAUGCAAGGGUGCUAGAGAAAUAGCAACAGAUAAGGAUUUAUUAUGGAUAAUGUCGUUAUCAAGAAUAGAUUCUGUUCCAAUGUGGUUGGGUUAUAACUGCAUGAUGUCAAUUGAUCACAGUGAAAAGCAAAAGAUUGAGUAUUUGCCUCCAAUAAAUUCUUCUCCAACAUCUUAUGCAAUAGUCAACGAAACAUUAAAUAUGGCUAAAGAAAUUGCUGAAAAGUGUCAACAGGCAGAAAUUAUUGUGACAUAUGAUUUAGCGAUAGCAAAAAUGACAAUGCAGAUCCAAGAACAAGAAAAGCCACAAUACAAUAAUAUUUUUGUUAAUUUGGGAGCGUUCCACACAGAGAUGGCAUUUUUCAAAGCGAUUGGAAAAUAUAUAGACUGCAGUGGACUAGUGGAAAUACUAGUACAAGCAGAAGUAUUGGCUGGUGGCUCCAUGAAUAGCUUUUUAGACAGCAAGCAUUUCAAUCGGUGCAAGCGCUUACACCCGCUAACUGCUGCUGCAUUGCAAAUAUUACAUUUUCAACAGUAUUUAUCCACAACUAAUAUCGCCGUUGAGGCGAUGGAUGAACUGCUCCAGACGCAAAUUCAGAAUGAAUCAAAUCAGGCUGCGUAUGACGUCAACGAAAGAAUCGAGUUACCAGAUUUAUUAAGUCGUAUUUUGAACGGAUAUAAAGAGUUCUGUCAUCAGACUUUGAUAGGAGAAAAAGGGAAAACUGCUCAAUAUUACUAUCAGUACUGUGAAUUACUUAAUUUAUACCGUCGGUUUUCCAGAAGUAUCCGCACCAGUAAUUUUGAACUGUACGUCGACUCAAUUUUCAACAUGUCUGAUUUAUUUUUUGCGUUAAACCAGCCUAAUUAUGCCAGAUGGUCCUUAUCAUAUUUGAGCAAUUUGAUCAAUUUGUAUACUAACAAUUCAUCCUUGGUAGCUGAAUUUCGUCGAGGCGCCUUUGGAAUCAGACGAACUACAGCAAAUUUUGCUCGAUCACCGGUUGACUUGACGCUUGAGCAGACCAUCAAUGCUGAUGCUAGCAAUCAAAUGGCUGAUAAUCUUGCCGCAGACUCAAUAUCAGCACGUCAAAGAUGGGCGCUUAGUCAUAGCAUGAGGACGAAGAUAUUAACAACUAUCAAACAAAAUAUCGGAUUAACGAAAAAAGAUGAUACUUCGCACUCAUUGCAAAAAAGUAAAGUUAAGAAAGAUAAAAAAAAUCUUAACAGCAUCGUUGAAGCAAUAAAAUGUACGAUGAAUCCGUUUGAUGACACUAUUGACAAAGAUAUUUUAUUCAACAUUUCGACGGGUAAAGCUGCAUCUACAGAAGUGACAGAUUUCCUGCUUAAUGUGAAGACAGCAGGUUAUCAACAAAAAUUAAAUUUUAUCUUGGAAUGCUCAUCAACUCCUGCAAGAUUCGAUAAACCUAUAAAACGAAACAAAAUCUUCAAUUUUGCUUCUCAAUGCAUGACUAAAGUUCUCAGUAGCAAAGACAAGAACAAGAAAAUAUUAUUGAAAAUGGAACGAGAUAUAUUUGACCGACUUUUGGCAAUUAGUCUGAACAAAAAAAUAAAUCUCGAAUAUUGCCUGACUUUUCCACUAGCACCAAUGCCACCAGCUCUUUUUUCAUGUACUGGAGAGAUGUUAAAAACUUCAAAAUCUACGUUAGCAAAGAUUUUGAAAUCAGAAACUAAAAUGGUUGAGCCAACAUAUAUCAACGUUGAAAUUAUUGAUGGUUUUUACUACUUACACUUAAUCGGAUCUUCUAUGCCCCAAACUUUUGAUAAAAUUGCAGAAACAAUACUUUUCAAAAUAUGUUCAACAAACGCAACAGAAGUACAUUUAAUUUUUGAUCGUUACUUAUCACCGUCAAUUAAAGAUUCCGAACGUGAAAGCCGAAAAGAAUUCGAUAUUCCGUACAAAAUUUCGGGACCUCAACAAACCAGACCUAAUUUUUUACAAAGCCUUAAAAAUUCUCGUUUCAAAGAGGCUUUGGUGCAGUUUCUGGCAGAUUAUUGGGAGAACAACCAUUUGGUAACAAUAAUCCAAAACAAAAAAAAAUUCUUAACCGUCAACUAUCAGUGCUAUUCUUAUCAAGUUCAUGAAAACUCCAUAAAAAAAAGUGAAGAAGUUAAUUAUGAAUGUCAUCAUGAAGAGGCAGAUACGAGGAUUAUUUUUCAUGCUCAUAAAGCGGAACCAGGGUCAAGGAUUUUAAUUAAAGCCUCUGAUACUGAUGUUUUGAUUAUUUUGUUAGGAAAUAUGCACAAAAUUUCAGAAUCAGAAAUUUGGCUUGCCACUUCAGCAACAAAAAAGACUAAUAACCAACCUGUUGAUUGCAUUAAUUGUACUGAUCUAGCAUUGAAGUUAGGACUUAAAUUGUGCCAAAGUCUUCCCGCCUUCCAUGCGUUCACAGGUUGCGAUUACACGGCUGCAUUUCACAAUAAAGGAAAGGUAAAACCUUUUAAGCUGCUUUCAAAAAAUGAAAAAUAUCAAACAGUUUUUGCGUCACUAACAGAUGAAGCUGAUAUUUUCAUUAACGAAAAAAUGAACACCGUUCAAGAAUUUACUGCCAAUAUGUAUGGCGUCAAGAACUGCACAAAAGUGAAUGAAGUGAGAUAUCGCAUUUUUCUGAAGAAAUAUUCUGCCAAAGAAGACAGCGAGCAGUUUUAA